AUGGCAGAGUCCCGACUCCUCUCGUCUCCGUGUGUGUGCUUCUCCCUUCCAGAUGUGUACUCGGAGCGGGGUGGUUCUGGGGUCGAGUCGCUGAUGGACAUAUUCCUGAGCCCCUUCUUCCACGCCCUUGCCCUCAUCCUCGCGCUCGUAUUCUUCCCUCAGACGCCUCCCGACGCCGACAGACAACACGCCGACAUCUUUGAGAGCGUCAAAAAACAAUCCGCCGCCAUCUCUGAGAUCUGGGGCAUCCAGCUGCCCCGCGAUUUGCCUCGCCUCUGCUUCAUGAAUCGCCAGCAAAUAGAUGACUUGCUGAAGCACGCCCGGAUACUGCAGGAGUCUGCGGUGAUGCUUAACAAGCUGCGGCAAGUCGUGGAGCGUGCCAUCAAUGCCGCCCUCAAGCCGCAGCGCGACAUCGCCGCCCGCAUCGGCUGCCUGCUGCCCAUGGUGCCGCACCACGAUGACGGCACGGAUCAGCCGGUGGACGGCGAGACGUAUCGCCUGACCUACAAGCACCACGGCGAGUCACCCCACCACGACCCCCGCGACCUCACAUUCGGUCCGUACGAGGCCACAUCCAUCGCCUGGAAGAUCGGCGCAUUUCUCCACGACCCGUCGGCUGCCCGUGCGGUCAUCGGCGAGUACCGCGACGACGACCUCAUCGACGACGACCUCAUCGACGACGACCUCAUCGGCGACUGGCUUGAUCCGCGGAUCAAGCGCCGUGUGAGAGCCGCCGUCGACCAUUUCGUCAAGCAGGCGGCCACCAGGACGGCGAGCAACCGGGAGGUGGUGGGCAAGACCGAGAGGGGCGAGGGCGGACGGCCGGGGGGGGUGCUGGCUCGGUGGUGGGAUCGUCUGAGGGGUGUGACGGGGGCUAAGGGUGUGACGGGGGAUGGACAAGGCAAGCUGACGGUGCGCGUGCCGGCACUGCAGUGCUUCGCCAUCCACGGAGAAGGACAGCAUCCUCACAGGCGUCUCGGCGUGCCCGAGGUGGUGCAUCGGGCGAUCCUGGACGAGGUGGCCGCAUACCGGAUUAGCGGAGUCGUCAAGGGCUUCAACAGCCACUUGAGCGACACCGACUGCCAGUUCCAGUGGGGGCAGCUAGGCUACAUCGACGAGUCGGGCUGCUUCGUAUCGCUGGGCAUCAACUAGGAAGGAUGGGAUGGGAGGGAGGGGGGAGCCUGGACGGUCCGUAGCUUAAAGGGGGCUGGGCAUGUCGUGUCAUGUCUGUCUGUCUGCCUGUCUGUCUGCCUUGUCGCCUGUCCGUCUGGCCGUCUUGUCUGGUUGUGAGAGCAAAGUGUGCUUUGCCACCUAGGCGGCGCACAAGCAACACGACCCCCCUCUUGGUCUGUCUGUCCCACUGUGGGUGUCGGCUGGCGGGUUUUUGUGGUACGUUGUGUGGCUUGGUGUGCGCCUGCCUGACGACUGACUGUGGAUGAACGCCCGGUCAGUGGUGAUCUGUUUUGCCUACCUGUGCAUUCAUACGGCCUCUGCCUGCGGUAAGCGUCGUGUUAUGGGGUGUGUUGCUGGCUGGCGCCUUCCCGUUUCGUGAUGCAUUGGUUGACGUCUUCUCGUGCUGGCGACCCAAUCAGCUCGAGGAUGCGUCAACCGAUGCCGCGUGAGACGGAAAGACCCUUCCCGACGCAUCCACAAAUGGACAACAAAUCCCAGUGGGUGGGUGCAUGUGUAUAGCUUCGUCAGACUUGCAUGGCUGUGUGGGGGCGUGGGUGGACGGCGUCGCACAUGUAUAUACCUAAACACUUAAGGAACAUCCCCAAAGGAACAUCCCCAAAUAUAGCUAGCCCUCGAUCGGAUGCGAAAAUCGCCGCCGCCUCUGACAUGCCCAGAGAGCGCGCGCGUGUGUGUGCGUGUGUGUCCGUUGUGAAUGAAUGAAGAUCGCUAAUAUACAUCUGGAUGAAUGGAUGGAC